UUAGGAGUUGCUGGUCAAGAACAGAACAACUCCAAUCCUCAGGUAGAUCUGACACAGUUAAACCAACAAGAGAGACAACAUAUUGAGCAGGUUAUGAAUAAAGCUGCCCAGGAUACCUUACAACCACAAGGAUACAAUCAAAUAGACCAAAAUCAGUUCAAUGCAGACCCCAACCAGCAAAUGCCAGGACAAAAUCAACUGUUGACUAAUCAAGAUGAAUCGAUGAUGCGACAGAAUCCACCCAUGAAUCAAGAUCAAUCAAUGAUGAACCAAGACCCCUCUAUGAUGAACCAAGAUCAAUCAAUGAUGAACCAAGACCCCUCUAUGAUGAAUCAAGGCAACAAUAUGACGAAUCAAGGCAACAAUAUGAUGAAUCAAGGCAACAAUAUGAUGAAUCAAAGCAGUUUAAGGGUGAAUCAAAAUAACUCCAUGAUGAAUCAAGACUCUUCUUUAAUGAUCCAAGGAAAUAGUAUGAUGAAUCAAGACCCUUCAAUGAUGAAUCAAGGAAGCCGUAUGAUGAAUCAAGACCCUUCUAUGAUGAAUCAAGGAAGCCAUAUGAUUAAUCAAGACCCUCCAAUGAUGGAUCAAGGUUACCAUAUGUUGAAUCAAGACCCUUCAAUGAUGAAUCAAGGUAGCCAUAUGAUGAAUCAAGGUAACAAUAUGAUGAAUCAAGGAAAUAAUGUAAUGAAUCAAGACCCUGCAAUUAUGAACCAGAGAAACAAUAUGAUGAACCCUAAUCAGCCGAUGAUGGAUCCUGAACCAAUGAUGGGCCCGCCAAUGAAUGGACCCAACCAAGCCAUGAUGAUAGGCCAGAAUCAAGCAACGCACCAAAAUCAAUCAAUGAUGGGACAACCAAUAGAUAUUGACCAAAAUGGAGGUAUUAUGGGACCAGAGCAAAAUUUUAUGAACAACAAUAUGGUUUACGGACAAUACAAUGGACCGUCCAGUCAGGAUCCUCAGUUCAGCAGGGAGCAUGGACCUCAGGAUCCUCAGUUCAGCAGGGAGCAUGGACCAAAUGGAUUUAUUCCCAACGGGAGUGUGCCUUUUGGGCCUUCAGGAGACUGCCAACAAAGACUCAGUCCUGAUACCUGUGAUAAUCCCUAUGGCAGUGAUUUAAACCUGGACAAUGAGUGUAUGGAUGGUCCUGGUGGAAUGGGAAAUACAAGUGAGUACAGUAUAACACUAGAUUCUAUAAACAAAUUAGCGGAUGACUAUACCAAGAUUAAAGAAGAAUUAUUAGCAGAUCUCGAGGAUGACGAAUCCGUCAAAUCAGAUUUUUCAGAGAAAGACUUCGCUUUUUCUGUCGACAGUAGUUCUAGUGGUAGAAAUAGAGACUUGAUAAAUUCUCCUAAGCUGCAUGAUUUAUUAGUUAGCGGACCUAGUUUACAGAAAAUUAGGAGACCUAAGAGGAUAACACAAGUGUCAGAGAAUAUCUCAAUUCAGAUUCAUUCUCCGUGUACAACUCCUACCCAAGGAGGUGUGCAGGGUCUUAAGCGUCCUGAUCAACUUAUACCACUUAACAGUCAAUUAAAACAAAAACAAAUGAAAGAUGAGAAUAAACCUGAAUCUCAUCCAAAUCUUCCGAAACCAUCCUCCUCAAAUGAUACGACUAUCCAAGAAGCUAAAUCUGUCAUGCAGAAACAUGUUACUAAACCGGUGCAAAAAAUGGAAAGCCCAGUUACAGCCAAAAUGGGCGGAACUGGUGUAGCCCAUACAUUUGUUGGAAAUGGGCCGGUAAAACUUCAAAUGCCUAAUGCUCUGGAGUUAGCUAACAAUAUAGCAAUCCCAACAACAAGCUCAAAUCAAAGUAAACAACAACAAAACAUAAUAUCAAAUCAACUAACAAAACAGAGCUAUCAACGUGAGUAUACCAAACCUCUGCCUGAAAAUGAAGAGCAGAAACAUAUUGUCAAGGAUCGCAUUCGAUCAUACGAGAAUUCGACUCAUUCUGAAGGUUUAGUUUUAAACCUGGAAAACGGAAUACAACAAUCUUCCCAGCAAUCGUCAAUUAAAAAUGUUAAUGAAAUGCCAUCAAAGCAACCUAACAACCCGUCUAAGACAAAAAUUAUUCGGCAAUCUGAACUUGUAUCAACGGGAACUUCACCUGUCCAUGAAGAUGUUCCUUUGAAUAAAAUAAGGCCUAAGACUAGAAUUAUCUAUGACAUGGGAACUCCUGAAAUGUGCUCACAAGGAAUCCACGCAUCCAUUCCUGUUACAACUGAUAAGUACACUUACACAAUAACUAGUGUUCUUACAGCCACUGGUUUAAAAAAUCCCCCAACAACCCAAACUUCAACAUCAAAAGGGUCAAAACCCUCAGUUAGAUCAACAGGAACAGGUUACGGUAUGAUGCCAUCUGAUGAGUUCAAUUCCUUGUUUAACAAUCAGUGCAACAGGAAUCCAAGCUACAACUCUGAUCUUGACUCUCCACCUUUAUAUUUGAAUCAGAGAGAGGGUGGGAUAGGAGUCAUGAGUCCGCCUUUGCCGAGCACACAUCAAGUUUAUCUUAACAAUAGUGAAAACUAUGAG